AUGUUUUUCAAAACUUUCCUGCUAAACGUCUUACUAAUCACCCAGAUCAACGGACUACCAAAUAUUUCCGACAUAACAAACUUUUUCAACAAUGAUAUCGACGUGCCAAAAACACGACCAGAUAUAACCGACAGAAUUGGGCUCUAUUCCCUCUAUUCCCAUAUUCCCCUUCCCAGUGAACUAGGUCAAUAUACUGAUUAUUUGGUGAUCUAUCACUUCCAAAAUGUAUCUUUCGCUGGAAAAAUACUAGAGUUUGAUUCGAUGGGAUGGUUGAAUGGGAAACAAAGUAUCAAUCACAAACUACCGUACUUCAUUGCAAAUCCCUCUUUCCGAACAUCUCACAUUUCAAAAGCAUGGUGUGAUUCUACUGAUUUCUUUCAUAUCGGCUUCCGAAUCUAUCAGACAACUCGAGAAGCUGGUCUUCCUUAUCAGGUGAAAUGUGCCACGUGUCAUCCAAUUAUCGAAGGACUCAACAACAUCAACUACUUGUUUCCGGAGAGAGAUUUUAGUCAGCAAUUGACAAAACUGGCGAUUGGGACGAGACAUCUCAACAACGACAAGGACUACUGUAGUUAUAUGGAUUGUGAGCAGAAUCCACGUGUUGCUGAUUUCGAGCAAUACUUGCUGGAGAACGAUUUGUACUUUGGAACUUGGACAAGAUGGAGUGGGGAGCAUGCGACAACUGAAGCAGAUCGAGAAGUUUUAGGUUAUCCCAAUGGAGAGUUAGCGAUUCACUCCCGUCGAACCAGUGGAUUCACCAGUAUGUGCGGAAUGGAAUUGAAUGGAAAAGUGAUCAGUAGUAACAUUUUUGUGAAUGGCGAUGUAGUGGGACCAGAUGAUUCCGAUGAAAAAAUCUUCACCUAUCAAGACUACGAAUCGCUUCAAGUUACUGUCGGAGCUGUGAAGGAUGAGCAAUUGGAACUUUUUGUGUUAUGGGAUAAUUGGGGAUGUUGCUCGGCGUGUUGCUGUCCUCCAGCUAUUUGUGGACACGACUUUCAGACGUCUUCGGAUUGCGAAAACGUCUUCUCAUCUAGAACUCGAACCGGACACCUCUCCGUUAGACUUCUCGAAAAUAGAGUGAAGUCGAACCAGCAGCACUUGAUAGAGCUCUUCAAACUUCUCUCGAUUCCACCAUAUACGCAUCGUGGCAUUCCAUUAUUCUCCUCCCUUCUCCAGAAUAGUCCAGCUGUCAAAUUGGCUGUUGACACAAUUAAACAAUCGCUAAUUCCCAAAUUUCUAACUGCCAACAAAGCAGCAAGUGGCUAUAAAUUCAGAUCAGGAAUGUUUGUAGUGUCCGAAUCUUGUAAAUCGCAUGUUCAAAAAACUGACUGUUUGGAAUGGGCGAAGUGUCAUAAUGUUUCGCUGGCAGAUGCCAAUAUGGAAUCCUCGGAAACAGUUUCAGACUCGUGUCAACAGGUGCACUUUGUGGACAUUCGAGUGGGAACUGACCACAUGAAAGUGAUAGUCGGCCAACAUCAAAACCUUCGAAUUCGUGUGGAUAGUGAGGUGUACGACAUGAACAAGAUCAAGCCAAAGUGGAGAAUCAACUUGCGCAAACCGAAGAAAUUCGAUAAGUCCCGCCCAUGUCUGGCGCAGGGAAUCGUCCAGAGAGCCGAUGAGAUUUUGAUCUUGAACUUUGUAAUGUGGGAUCUGAAGGUUGAUUUGAUACUAGGCAAUGAGAAGGUUAGAAUCACUUUUGCGAGUGAUCGGAGGAGUGAGAGUGAUCGUGUGGUAAAGUACACUAUUUUCUAUUGGGCCAUUGCUAUAGUCGCCUUCUUCCUAUUGCUUAUAGCUGCGGUCAUCUUCAUGCAUCGGGAGAAAACGCGACGGAUGGAGCGUGCAAUAAAAUCUGCCACUACAGAAUAA